CUAAAGCUAUUGAUAUGUAUACAAUAGCUUGUAACGCAAAUAAUGAAAGAACUCCAGAAGGGUUUCAAGAGUUCGUCUCGACAAUUAAUCAAAAACUUAAUCUUGUUGAUAUGGAGUUUCGUAGAAGUCAUGAUGAGGAUGAUGGAAAUCCAGUUUGGGCUCUAGUAAACACUAAUGGAGAUGAAAUUGCAAAAUUAGCCACCGAAUAUUCACCUAUCGAACUUAUUGUGACUGCAGAUGAUGACGCGUUUUCCGCCUCUUCAAUUAUGGCGUUGAAAGAAGCCUCAAAAAUCAAGACACCUCUUACAAAAAGUGCAGCAGAAACUCUUUUGCAACGAUUUGUUGAUGAUAAAUGGCUAAUUCAAUCACAGUUACGAAUCAUAGUAAAGUGGAAAAUAUUCUAUGAGUCAAAGAACAAUUCUCGAACUACAAGCUUAUCUGAAAGACGA